CAGGCUUCGGUGUCCAGCCGGGGCCCCCCUUGCGGUCCGCAGGAGGCGCCCAGGGGCGCCGGGCUCUGGACAUGUGUCUCCCCCGCGUCCGGGACGAAGAGCCCGCCCAGGUCUACCCUGAAGGACCAAGACAUCCUCACCCUUCACAAAUCACUACGAGACAGUCUGCAGAUAAGCGCAUUAUUUACAUGCGCAACCUCAGGAAAGAGAAGAGGAAAUUAAAUAAGCAGUUUAUGAGACCAGCUCCCAUGCCAGAACCGGGUCUCCUGUGGCCAUCUUGAUGAAGCUCGUUGUUUAUAUGGAAGAAAUCAUGAUCCAACCCAAAAUACAUGGAUUUUUAACAUCGA